AUGGAUCAUUUUUCUGAAUUCACUGAGCCCGCGCACGCGUCGGAAACUACUCAACGAAAAUAUUCUGAUAAUUCUUCAUCUAGUGAAGUAAAAGGUGUUAUUCAAACGGAAUAUUCCGUGGAACAAUGUAUGCAAGCUAUCCAAAAUGCUAGAAAACCAAAACCUAUGACUACUUGCAAGAAUGAUGAGCAGCCGUAUUCCCCAUGCGAAGCUUUUCGUGUGUCUGAUGAAUCUUACUACAUUCGAUUGACCCGAAUUCGACGCGAAUUGGAGGAUUUAUGGGAUGAAGCAGAAUCUACUCAAGAGAAGCAAGAAGUAGAUAGUUUAUCGAAUUUACUAGAUAAACUAUGGAUGAAGAAGAUGUCUGGCGUUCAAAAGUCCUACUCUGCGGAUAUGGAUUCUGAGUCUGACCCGUAUGCUAGAUUGGGAACAUGUGAACUGUGUAAGCAGCCGUCUGUUAGAACGAAGCAAUCCCAAGGUAUUGAACCGGCUAUUCCCUUAAAGAUGGGAGAUUUGGAGUCUCGAAUAUCCACUUUAGAAGCUUGUAUAGGCGAUGCAAAAGAACCUUUGAGCAUGACGGUUGAAAGUUGCUUGGAAAAAUUACAAGCAUUUGAAAAGGAUCCUUUGUUGUAUGAAAAUAAGUUAUCUACUUGGGAGGAGAUACAGAAGCGUUUGCCGAAGGUAGGUAGUAAUGAUCAGGAACAAAAUGUUUAUGAAGGCAAUUCUUCAUCACCGUCGAGUUUUGUUCCCACUGGCUUACUAGAUGAGAAAGAGUAUGCAUUACUUUCUGAACUUCUUUUCGUACAUUUACAGGAUGCGGGAAAUUAUCAAGCCCUAGUACCUGCUCUACUUAAACGACUAAAGUCUUUGCAUAACUUACAUUUGGAUACAGCUGAAACAAUGAACCGCUGGAAAAACCUUGAAAACAUACUGGAAUCCACAGCCCAUUCGUUGAAUCAGUGGACUCAACUAUUAAAACACCUGGAAACAUCUUCGUUUCCUGAACAAAAUAUGGAAGAAAUUCAAACUCUUUCUAAACGUAUAGCUAACCUUGAAGAAUCUUGCAAGUAA